CUGUCUCUUUCUCUCUUUGCUCCCGCUUCAGCUCUUCUCCGUGAGCUGAGUACUCUCUCUCUCUCUUCACGAAACACUUGCAAUGCCGAAUCAUAAACCCUAGUCCUCACUUCUUUGUAUAUUCAUUACUGUACUGUGAUGGCGACAUCGGCGUUUAAAUCAACGACGAAGAGGAAUCCGAUCGGAUCAACCUCAAACUCCGACAGCUCUGCUUCCUCCAACAAAACUCAUCGAAGGUCGAGGAGUCUGAGCCGAUUCUCGCCCCGGCUACCGGAGCCAUCGGCUGACUUCGGGGACGGUCCAGUGCCGAGAGGCAGGUUCGUAAAUACUUCAAGAGGUUCGGGUUUUCCUGAAAUCAGCCUCGAUGAUCUCGCAUUCGAGUUCUUUCCUCUGAAGGACUCUUUCAGGGUGGAUGAGACAGAGUGUAGUGAGAGAGACCGGUCGGGUCGGCGGAGUUCGAAGAUUGGUCGUUGGGCCAGUGAUACGGCGUCGUCUCAGAGACGAGGGAGGUCGGUGUCGAGACAUAGUUCGAGAGCUGGUGAAAACAAGCGCAGUGGCACUGUUUGCAAUGGUUCUGGUGGAGCCGGUGGGAAGGUGGGUUCGGAAGCCACUUCGAGGAGGAGGUCUGUUUCGGUGGUUCGUUAUCAAAUUAGCGAUUCUGAGAGUGACAUGGAUCAUUCUCAGAGUUCUAUCAAUCAUGCAAGUACUAAGAUUUUUAGUACUCGAAAUAGCCUGAUGCCUUCAUUUCAGAAGCCAACAACUUCAGGUCAUCGAAGAUUGGUGAGGUCUCUCAGCCAAAAAGAUUUAUCAAAGUCACAUAAUGGAUACUCGAGCCAUUCAUCUGCCCUAACUGAUGAUGAAGCAAGGGACGGUCGUUCUGGUAAAAAUGUGAUUGAGAAGACCAUUCAAGAAGUUUAUGCACAGAAGGCUCAACAGCCUACUGGAGAUAAUAUGAGCAAUGGGUUGUAUGAAGCAAUGCGAAAAGAACUCAGAUAUGCAGUUGAAGAAAUCAGAACAGAACUCAAACAAGCCAUGGUAAGAAAAAGCUUUGCUGUUGCUAGUGGUGAUGGCUUGCAGUUAGACAACUCCGACGUUCUUCAGGCUUUUUCGACAAUCAGAAAAAAUAAUGCCACAAAAUUAGAACAGUCGGAGAAACGUAAACAAGAUGUACUUGUGAAGAGAGUGCUGGAGGAGCAACGAGGUAGAGAGCUCUCUAAGAUUGCAAGAGAAUUUAUUCCUGAUUCAAAGAGCUCUGCUGUUGCACGGAAACCAUCUCGAGGCAGAAAGAAGAGUAAUGACAGAAAUGGGAUGUCAAAAAGUUUGACUGAAGAGGCAGAAAAAUACUUUGAGGACUUCAUUUCAAAUGUUGAAGAUGCUGAUAUUUCUUCAUUUGAUGGAGAAAAGAGUGACACCACUUCAAGUUUAGGAGGAAUCACAAAGCCUAGAGAUGCUGCAACACAUUGUGGGGAAGUUGAACCUUAUCUAAGUCCUCUAGCAGGAUCUAAUUCUUUUCCUAUCGAAAUGGAUGGUGUUAUUCUGCCUUGGCUUCAAUGGGGGACUAAUAAUGACUAUUCUUCCGGCAAGAGUAGAUCACCGACUCCUGUAAUUCCAAAAACUCUGUUGUGGGAUGAAACACAGGAUUUGGGUAGUCAUUCCACCAGCAGCCAUGGGAGUUGGUGCCCAGGACUCAACGGGCAUACAAUGGAUACUGGAGAAGGAAGUGGAAGCAAAUCCAGAGACCUUGGAAGUACCGAGAGUUCACAUUUUGACAUGAAUGCGUAUCUUCAGCUUCAAACUGAUGAAGAUCUCUUGUUUGAAAGAUGGAAAGGGCGACAAAGAAUAAGUUCAGGUGGUCUAUUGCUAUGUAACAAUUUGUUUUAACUAUGUUCUUUCUUUUUCUUUCUCUCAACCGCCACCCUCUCUCCUCCUCC